AUGGAAGUCGUGGUUUUGUCUCUAGGAUACAAUGUUGAUAGUGAGCUCCCUGAAGAUGUCGAGCUUAGAUUCGGCUCAACUGUAACAGGGAAGGCAGAUGUUGUCGGAUUUCCAUGUAGGGAUGUUGUUGGUUGCUCUGAUACCGCAGAAGUUAAAGUAGUCGAUAAGUUUUCUUGGUUUUUUGUGGAGCCACCACCCGACGUGUCAACGGAUGAUGCUGUUGACUCUGAGGUUUGUCUACUUGGAGUUCCUGAACUUUCAGAUGCUCCGGUAGAUGUGAGGGAAGCCCUUGACGAGUGCGAGAAUCUAGACGUCGGUGUCACUUCUAGAACGCUUCUGGUUGUGUCUUCAGGAGAUAUCGUUGGUUGUGAGUUCCCAUCAGCUGUAACUGGAAAUCCUGAAGUUGACUCAGCGGUAGUCAGAGUUUCCACUGCAACGCUUCUGGCUGAGACUGCAGAAGGCAUUGUUGGUGCUGAGCUCCAGGGGUAUUCUGAAGACGUAGGAUUUCCUUGUGAGAAGGUCGAAAUUUUUGAGUACUCCGGUGAGGUUCCAGAGUUGAUCGUUGUCUGGAAAACAGCAUGUUCUCAGGAUCAAAAAGUUUUGGAAAAGGUGAUUAUGCCACCUAUUCUGCAAACUUGGCCAAUGAUUAGAUUUUGUUUUUUCUUGCGUAUAGAGUAUAGCCAUAAAUUUUCUUAG